UUUAUAUCCCGCUGUAUCCCGGUUUCCGUUAUAGUUCUUCAACACGUGUUUACGUGGCAUUAACUCUUUGACGAAUUCCACCGUGAAUGGAUUUGCUUAAUUGGAAUACUAGUUGUUGACUGCAAAUAUACAAUUUCUAAAUUUACCUAUCAUCAAAAUUAACAAUGGAAAACGGAAAGGACACGAAAGAGCCAGAAGCUCAAAAAGACGCUGAACCUGAAAAGGUUAAGGACGAUAAGCCGGCGGAUGUACCAGCGGUAGAAGAGCCAAGUGCUGAAUUAUUGACAAAGAUAAAAAAACAAGUCGAGUUUUACUUUGGGGAUGUAAAUAUGCAACGUGACAAAUUUUUGAUUGAACAAGUGAAACUGGAUGAUGGUUGGAUUCCAAUGACAGUAAUGCUUAACUUUAAACUCCUUGCUUCGAUGAGCAAGGAUGUUCAUGUAAUUUUGAAAGCCCUUGAGACUAGUGAUCUGAUUGAAAUUUCUGAGGAUAAAAAAAAAAUUCGUCGCACUCCAAAACAUCCAAUUCCAGUUUUUGAUGAGGAGUACAGGAAAGCACAAGAAGCUAGAACUGUUUAUGUUAAGGGAUUCCCACAGACUGGUAUUACUAUAGAAAUGCUGAAAACGUUCUUCGAGCCUUAUGGACUAAUUGAAAAUAUUGUUAUGAGAAAAUAUCAGGAUAAACAAAAAAAGUUACAGUUCAAAGGUUCAGUUUUCGUUCAAUUCACCACGGUGGAAGAUGCUAAAGUUUUUUUAGAGAAAGACGGUGUAAAGUACGAAGAUACGGAGCUAAUCAAAAAGUGGUCAGCUGAUUACGCUAUAGGAAAAGCAAAAGAGAAGGAGGAGCGUAAGCAAAAGAAGGCUGAGAAGAAGGGUGAAAAGCAGGAAAAUGAUGUUAAUGAUGUCGCUGAAGCAGAAGCUGACAAUGCAUCAGAGAAGGAUAGUGGGUUACCAAAAGGUUCGGUGUUACAUCUUUCUGGAAUGUCAGAAGACAGUACAAGAGAACAUAUUAAAGAGAGAUUGGGAGAAUUGGAUGCCUGUAUUGCAUUCGUUGAUUUUAAAAAAGGCGACACAGAAGGUUGGGUUCGUCUUCAGGGAGAAGGUGCUGCACAACCCCUACUUGACAAAAUGGAAAAGAAUCAGGUUAUUAUCAAUGGUAAAGAAGUGACAUGCAGACUUUUAGAAGGGGAAGAGGAAGCAAAAUACUUGACCAAAGCAAAAGAAGAAAUGAGAAACCUCAGACAAACAAAAAUGAAUAACAGAGCUGGAAAGCGUGGCGGUAGAAAAGGUGGUCGUGGAGGUCAAAGAGGUCGUAAACGACGAGGAAGUCCAGGAAAAGACGAGCCUGCUUCAAAAAAAGUUACGACUGAUUAGUGGGUCGUAUUUAAAUUUUUCGUUCUAUGAUUAGUUGACUUUUUUUAUUUCGUUACCGUUUCCUCGUCUUAUUGUGUAUGCACAAUGCAUACGCCUUUCAAUAUAUUGUAUAUCGUUGUCGCUACGCGUGUGCCUAUUUAAAUAAGGUAUAACAAAGAAAAAAAAAAUGAAUAUAUCACACGCGUGAUGUGCGUCAUUAACAAAUGUAUGCUACAUGUACAUUUUAAUUAAAAAUCGUAUAUGAUGUACAAGUAUUGAUUUAGCUGAACUAUAAUAAAAAGGCGUAGCUUAUAUUUCAUAACAAAUUAA